CCUGCCUGCGGUGUCUGUCUGGUCUCCUGAUCUCUGCGACAAUGAAGAUCAGGCUGGAAUGACUGUGGAGUUCAUGUCCCACAAACCAGAAUGGACCUACCCGGUUAUCACCCACAGCUGCCCCAGCCUCUUGUCCACCACCCUGCCAGCUAUCCGGACAAUCUGUUAAAUUUGGAGGGAUCCUCAACAUCUCAGGAGUUAAAGCCAGAGCCAGAGCCAGAGGGCACACCAGAGUCAGAAGAGAGCUGUCCCGUCUGUGGAGACAAAGUGUCAGGAUACCACUAUGGACUGCUCACUUGUGAAAGCUGCAAGGGCUUCUUUAAACGCUCAGUGCAGAAUAACAAGCAUUACACCUGUGCAGAACAACAGAGCUGCCCUGUGAACCUUUCCCAGAGGAAACGUUGUCCUUCCUGCCGCUUUCAGAAAUGUUUGGCAGUGGGCAUGAAAAGAGAAGCUGUAAGAGCAGAUCGUAUGAGAGGUGGCAGGAAUAAAUUUGGCCCUCUGUAUCGACGAGACAGACAGAUGAAACAGCAAAGGGUUUAUCACCAGGCAAACACUGCCCCCUACAGGAUUAAGAUGGAAACUACGCAAACAAACUGGCCUUCAGAUCCAAAUGACCUUCACCCAAUGAGCAAUAACACAAGCGCUUCAUUGUCCUCUGAUGCUUUUCAUCAAUUCCACAUGUAUCCCUCCAGCGUGGGGCAGUCAGGAGCGUCUAUGCCUCUGGAUUGCACAAUGAACGCAGACAGGGUGCUCACUCCUCCAUCCUUGCCCUGCCCUGGACUGUACCACCGCACAUUCCCUGGACUUGCCCACGAGAAGGGAGAAAUGGAUUUUAGCCACAGCUCAGCUCAUGCAAACUAUCCAAUGCAUCCAACCCAAAGCAAUUCAUUCACACCAAGAAGCACACCAGCAUCAUCCCCCUGUUCAACACCAAGCUCAAUCACCCCUCUCUCCCAAGCUCUCAUCCAAACCCAAGACACUCCCCCAGCAGCCACUCUUUCUACCAACUUCCUAAGCCAACUCCUGGAGGGGGAUCAGGAUGAGAGCCAGCUGUGCGCCAAGGUCCUUGCCAGCCUGCAGAGAGAACAGGCCAACCGAGGCAAGCAUGACCGCCUAAAUACAUUCAGCAUCAUGUGCAAAAUGGCUGACCAGACUCUGUUUGGGCUUGUGGAGUGGGCCAGGAACACUGCGCUUUUCAAGGAGCUCAAGGUGGAGGAUCAGAUGGUGCUGCUGCAGAGCUGCUGGAGUGAGUUGUUGGUCCUGGACCACCUCUGUAGACAGGUGACCUACGGCAAAGAGGGCUGCAUAUAUCUGGUCACAGGACAACAGAUUGAGGUGUCGACCAUCAUCUCUCAGGCAGGAGUGACACUGAAUAGCCUGGUAUCAAGAACUCAAGACUUGGUGUCCAAACUGAAGUCGCUCCAGUUAGACCGACAUGAGUUUGUCUGUCUCAAAUAUUUGGUGCUAUUCAACCCCGAUGUGAAGUCUGUGCAGAGCCGCAGGCAGGUGGAGCAGACUCAAGAGAGGGUGAACAGGGCCCUGAUGGAGCACACCCAGCAGACUCAUCCUGGACACUCAGACAAGUUCGGUCAGCUGCUGCUCCGGCUGCCGGAGGUACGCAGCAUUAGCUUACAGGUUGAGGAGUAUUUGUACCAGCGCCAUCUUCUGGGAGAUUUGCCCUGCAACUCUUUACUUACUGAGAUGCUUCACACCAAACACAACUGAAAAGGAGGUGCUGUAAAUUUUUGCACCUCCUUUUCUUCCUCUCAGAUACAACUGUCCUUUAACAGCCCCUAUGGCUUCAGUCACAGAUGUGAUGUCAUCCUGGCUCAGCAUCGAGGGGGAAUAUUUACUUAACCAAGUUCCCAUUAUAAACAGUAUUACCACAGUCACACAGCCAAGUAAUUUUUUUUUUGUUUGUUUGUUUUGGUCAGUAUUGAUGUGAGAAUUCAGAUCCAAGCACCACCAUGAUGUUUUAGAAUGCAGGAAGAGCCUCUGUCCAAACA